AUGGAUGAUAACGCAGCUGUCGGUCUUAAAAGUGAAUUGGACUUGUUUUCUGCUACACCAUUUCAACUCGCAAUUGACGAUUCGUCGUUUCUGGAAGUUCAUCCAGUAGCUUCACUAAAUGAUAACAGUUCCACAAUUGAAUGGUAUGUCGGAGCUUCCGGUGAAAAUUAUCUAGAUCUUGGUCACAGCAUUAUUCAUAUGCAAGUGAGUAUUAAAAAGAAGACUGGUGUCGAUAUCGGAAACACGGAUCAUGUAGCGCCUAUAAACUAUUUUUUAAACACUAUGUUUUCGGAAUGUUCAGUUUUCUUAAACGAUAAACAGGUCUCUUCGCAAGUGAACUAUGCAUAUAGGGCUAUAUUUGAAAGUUUACUACUUUCCUCGAAAUCUUCUCAAAACAGCAUGUUGACCUCCGCUUUGUUUUUUAAAGAUACAGCCGGAAAACAUGAUGAAGUAAAAGAUGAUUCUACGAAUGCAGGAUUUAAGAGCAGACAGGUGGCUAGUAGUUUGAGCAAAACAAUGGACCUUAUUGGUCCUUUACACUUUGACUUAGGGAUGCAACCCAAACUUUUAAUUAACGGUGUUAGUUUGCGAAUUAAAAUGGAACGCAAUAAGGAUAUUUUUUCACUUAUGUCAGAAAACGACUCCUAUCAAUGUAAAGUUCAUUCUGCUAAACUUUAUAUACGUAAAAUUAUUGUUUCUCCUUCUAUCGUGCUAGCACACGAGAAAGCUUUAGAGAAAGGGAAUAUUAAAAUGCCUAUACGCAGAACUGAUGUGAAAUCAUUUACGCUAUCGAAUGGGUUAGCAUCUAUAACUAUUGCUAACGCAUUCAUAGGUCAAAUUCCUUCACGUCUCGUGAUGGGUUUCGUAUCCAAUGAUGCUUAUAACGGUAAAAUUAACAAAAACCCUUUUAAUUUUAAACAUAAUAACUUAGCGUACUUGACUGUUUUGAAUUCUGGUAAAAUGUUUCCCGCUAAAGCUUACCAGCCAAAUUUUGAGACGGAUAACUACGCUAGGAGUUACCUCAGCUUAUUUACAGACCUGAGCCGAUAUCAUAAUCAUCAAAACAUAAAUAUAAGUUUUUCGGAAUUUAAAAACGGCUACACAUUGUACGCUUUCGAUUUGACGCCCGACUUUGCUUCUGGCGAAAGUCACAACAGCACUACGAAAAAUGGUAAUAUUGCCAUCGAUAUAAAAUUCAGCUCUCCCUUGGAGGAUACUCAGAACUUAGUUGUAUAUGCUGUGUAUAAUAACUGCAUCGAAAUUGAUAAAUCGCGUACAGUAUUCACAGACUAUUAA